AAUGGGAGACGAAUUCAGGCCAUCGCAUGAAGAGCGUUCAAAAAUGUAUAAAUCGAAUGUGCGUGAUCAAAAUGAGAUGCGAAGAAAACGACGUGAAGAUGAAGUUCAAAUCAGGAAAAAUCGCAGAGACGAAAAGUUCGAAAGAAAUCGACAAAUUACCGUCCAGCGUUCUUUGAGCCAUGAGGAAACUUCGGAAUUAUUAAAAUCAGUAGCAGACGGUUUACAAAGUAUGCAGGAAACUACAAUUCAUGAAGCAUUGACAGUUUUACACGAAAACUUGAACAACACGGUGUGGACUAUUCAUGUGCUCGUCAAAGUCCAAAUUCUUCAUAAAUUAUCAGAUGUCUACUGUAACCGAGUCAUAAGCCAGACGACGCGAUUGCUUAUUUCUCGAACAUUGCUCAAAAUUAGUGGAAUUGACGAGGUGAAAUACGAAAGGUACUCUUCCGAUGACAGAUGCAUUCAAUCGCUGGUUUUCAAUAUCUCGACAUAUGGUUCAAGUGAAGACAUUCUAUGUGAUACAUUUCAGUCGAUAGCAUGUUUUAUCAUUCGCAGUAUCACUUACCGGAAUCUGGCUCUCGACUGUGCAAUUGUUUCAGAGCUAAUCGACGCGAGCACGAUAAAUAUGAGCAUAAUUCUUCAUCGAUCUCUCAUGUGGCUUGUCUUUCUAUUCUGUGAGAAACUAGACAGAUGCAGUCCCCAUGUGGACGAAAUUGCACCUCUUCUUGAAAUUAUUUCCAAUGGAAUACAGUCAACAGACGCGAUGGUUCAGACAGAUGCUGCUUCAUCAUGUGCUUCAUUAGCGGAAUGGCCUCCAAUUUAUCAUUACAUGAGUGAUCUUAAAUUAUGUUCCAAACUCGUCGCAAAUCUGAGAAACGAUAAAGGAAAUGCUCGUCCAAAAGUCAAAGCUGGAAUUAAUUCAAUUAUUCAAGCAACUGGAUAUUUUACCGAAGAAAUGAUAGAUGCUGGAUUGUUGGAAGUACUCAAAGGAUUUGUUAAUGUCAGCUAUAUGUCGCAGGAAGUAUGCUUUAUCAUCUCCAAUAUUUGCGUCGAAGGCGAGCAAACAAUCGAUAAAUUAAUUUCAUCUGGAGUGUUACGAGAAGUUGCUCGAGUCAUGGAAGCUUCCGAAUAUCGUUCUCGGCGAGAAGCUGCGUUUGUCAUUUGCCAUUGUUGCGCUUCAGCAAACCAGAAACAUCUCGAAUAUGUUGUUGAAUUGGGAAUGCUCUCUGCAUUUACAGAUUUACUGACGUGUAUGGAUGUCUCUCUCGUUUCCUAUAUUCUUGAUGCAAUUUACUUACUUCUUCAAUUUGGUGAGAUGCGUUUAUUACCUGAUAAUUCGAAUCCGGUUGCAAUAAAAUUGGAGGAAAUAGGAUGUCGUGAAAAGCUGGAAUUCUUAUGUGAAAGUCAAAGUGUAGAUAUUCAUGCUCGAGCAUAUACCAUUAUUGAUAGGUUCUAUGUAGACGACGAUGCUCCACUAAAUGAUGAUCCCUUUGCUGGUUAUCAAAGGAACAAUAUUGACGAUACUAUUGAAAAAAUGAUACGUGAGCCGAUAAUGGACCAACCAUUCUCAUUUUAGGAACUAGCAUAAAUCAUUUAUUUAUCAUUUUAAAGUAGAAAACUUUCAAUUAGUUCAUUCUUUUUCUUACCAAAAUUCUAACAUCGAAUAGUCAUUUUCUGUACACUAGAUUUCCAUGUUCUUAGCUGCCAACGUUAUUUGCACCAACAUAUUUGAUUUGUUGCGAGACCGUUUGAGUAAAGAACAUUCCUUGCUUUCCUCCACAAUUUCUUUCUUGUCGUUGUCAUGCGCUAAAAGUGCUAAAUAUUUUCCGGAUAUCUCGCUUCGAUUAAACUUCUAUGAAAAAGUUAAAAAUAAAUUAAUUUGCUUU